AUGUCAUUGGAAGAGAGGAAAAAUAGGUGUACACUCAAAUUACCUAUAGUGAAUGAAGAUGAUGAUAUGAUGGACUUUUUAGAUAUAGAUGAUGAAGAGUUAGUUCAUGAUGUAAAACAGGCAGUCUCUCCUACAUCAUCGAGAUCUUUGGAAAAUCCUGAUUUUAAUGGUAUUAAUUUGCUUCUUUCAUCAACAAAUACAACAAAUAUGGGAAGCGCAAUAGGAGCUUCAACGUCCUCAGGGCAGUUCAUUCCAUAUUUUGGCCAACCAUUAUUGUUUCCAAAUAAUAACCAAAAUUUGUUAAAUCUGGUGGCAUUAUGUAUAAGUACUCCACCUCCUUUUAAUGGCCUUCCUCAGAAUAACCCUUUUUUUUCAAGCAAUGGGAUUAAUGAACAGGUAAAUUUUGUUCCAUUUUCUACAGCAGCUCCACUAUUCUAUUUUGGGUUACCGGAUGAAACUUUGAUGGGAAAUUCAGGAAAUGCUCAUUUAACAAAGUACCAAAGCCAACAUCAACUUGGGAAAGGCGUUUUUAGUGGACCAUCAAAUCUAAAUUUUCCAUCAAAUGGUAAUAUUCAAGAUAUUGAAAAUGUAAUUUGUAGUGGAAGCAACAAUUUAAUAGAUAGUGAGAUUCAGUAUAAUUCUGCAAAGCUUAGACCAAAUAUAGUGCAAAACCAAAGUUCAGUAUUUCCAGGUUGCCCUAAUGUUUUUGGAGAGGGGAGCUACGGAAAUAAUUACAGUAGUAACAAUAUUGGACUUAGUAAACCGACCAAGUUAAAUCCAAAUAAUCAAUUAGGAUUAUUUAAAAACUUGAAUUUUAGUGGAGGGGCCGGUAUUGGCCUUGGAAUUGGAAUAGGCUCUGGAACAGGUUCAGGAAUGGGAAUAGGGUUUAAUUAUGAUAUUGGAAUUGAAAAGGAAUAUGGAAUAAGUGGCAGUAAGCUGGAAAUUAAUGAUUUGGGUAAGUUGUCUAACCAGGGCCAAAAUAAUCUCUACUUAGAGUUAAACCAGAAGCAAUUCCAGCAAACUACGAAUUCUAAUUCCAAAAGGCAGAACGUUAAUUUAAACAGUACAUCUAACUUUGGAGAACAACCAGCUAACUCUAGUUCAUUGAAUUCUGGAAAUAGUAAUGAAAAAAAGAACAGAUGGCAGCUUUCAGACCCACAAUUCAAAUCGGGAUAUAAGGGAGUAAGCUGGAAUAGUAGAAUGGAAGCCUGGCUUGCUUUUUUUGUAGAAAAUGGUGUCAGGAAAUCAAAGACAUUUAGUAGCAGAAAGUUUGGAUUUAAUAGAGCAAGAGAAAAGGCUAUCAAGUAUUUGGAUGCUCGCAGAAAAGGAAUCAUACUCACUACCCCUCCUCCACUUAGUCCCUCUAAAGGUAUAUAUGAUAGAAUACCACAACAGAAAAAAAUGGAGCCCGGACAAGAUAAUAACUACACACAUGGGUUAAAUAAUUUUCCAACUUUUAAUAAUGAAAUUGAUAAUAAUAACAGUAAUAACAAUAAUAAUAAUACUGGUAGUAAUAUAGAUAUUACCUGUAACUCAAACAGUAAUAAUGAUGUAUCUUCAAGUAAUGCUGCAUCCAUUGUUUCAAACAAUAAUAACUCUCUCCUAGAGACUAACCAAACAGUAAUGUGUUCUUAA